ACACACAGCCGAGUCGUACGAUGUUGCCGAUCUUCGGAUUUUUGCUACCACUCGCCAAGGUCGUGUUGAACGUUUCUGCUGUACUCGGAUUGUAGUUCAGCCAGCUCAUUCAGAGGAGAAGGUUGCGUGUUGUGUUGUAGCAUACAGAAGAAUGACGUUGCUACUGAACCAGUGUUGCUGCGGGUGUUCCCUCCGGACAGGAACCGUCAUCAUAGCCGUGUUCCUGCUCACUGUUGCACUUAUGACGACAGUUUAUGCAUCUGUCGUACUGGGCACAUAUGCUGAGGUUGCAAAUGACGAUCCCAAGCCCUACGAAUACCCAAUGGAUUACCUUGAUAGACUACACCAAAGAAUGACAUACGAACCAGGUUUCAAACUAGUGUUGAUAUCAACACUCGUCGGCUCGUCCAUACAGUGUGUCCUGAACAGUCUGCUGCUUCUGGGAGUGAGCAAGGAAAGAAGAAGUCUUCUUCUCACCUGGCUUGUGUCUUACACCAUCCUCUUGGGACUGUGCAUCCUGGGAUUCGUAAUCGGUUUCUUCCGGGUACCCUUCAGUCCGGUCUACCAAAUUGCAGUAUUCGUCAAUAUCGUGCUGUACACAUACUUCCUGCUGGUCGUGAGGAGUUACCGCUUCACUUUACCGGAUGGACAGCACGCCGCCAUGUUGAUCGGGGGUGAAGAAACGAACAUCAAGCCAGUAUUUCUGCAGUAAGCUGUCGGAUGACCGGUGCCUCCUGCUGCUGGAGUGUGCCGG